AUGUUCGUUGUCUCCAAGCCAAACCCAACAAACUUCGAUACCGGAUGCUUUGGUGCAUCCUCAUCCUGCCAUAGCGAAUACAAUUCGAAGAUCGAAGCUGUCGCUCACAACUCUAUCAAUGGUCUUCGUGGAACUCUUUGCCGGAAUUCAUCAAAUUUGUCACACAAAAUCUCUGAACUUCAGGAGACAUGUCUCGCAGAUGCGGUCCAGAUUGAAAUCAAUUUCUCAAGUCUAAAUGCCAACAAAGCGUUUUUUGUUCGCAUUGAUGUUCCAACUGGUGAGCAAGGAGUCCUUCACUUUUCUCCUUCUUCUGCGGAAUUUUCCCAAGUGUUCACCCCAAUCCAAAAUGGAUGCGGUCAUGGUGUUUGGAAGUUCAGUGUCUGCACAAUGGAAAAUGGAAGUGAAAUCGCUCAUUCCCAAGUGUCUCGCAAUCUCGAUGGAGUUGGAAUCCUUUUCUUCAAUGUCUUUCCUGAUCUGGAAAUCCGUCUGACUCAGCAAGAGUUCCUCCAUAUUUCCCACUGCCAUACACGACGACACUAG